UAACAGUAUUACAAGCCACCAACAGUAACUUACAACAACAUGCAACUCUUUGUACACGGAAGUGAAACACUUCCUCGAAAAAGAAACCUUAUGGUGAUUAAAGGAACGGCGCACCAUGGGUGUGGUGGACACACUGUAGUGAACUAUCUGUUAAACCGCACAUACACGUUGAUCAUUGCUACAGAAGAUUUACUAGAAUUUGUUUGCUGAAACCAUGGAAUCUACCACAGACACACCAAACAAAAGGAGGAAACCUCCUCCAAAUUUCCUUAUAGGUAAAGAAAGUAAUAAAGAAAGUUUAAUAUCAUGCAGUCACCUAUUAAUCCGCCACACAAUGGAGAUAACAAAAGGAAAUGACAGUCUCUUGGUUUACAUGAAAGAGAUGCUUCACAGCAUUUUCUUCCUUGCUUACAUUCACGACCGAUCCUUGACUCCCAGUGAGAUCCUCGAAAGUAAAGAACCACAGGAGACUCCCGGGAAACACAACACAACUAGUAAAUUACAUGAUUUGAUCUGGAAGAAGUUUCCUGAGCCUUUUGAACAGUACAAAACUAAUUUGCCAACUCGCACUCCCUUUUCCAUUCUGCUACACAUGAUGGAGAUACUUUAUCACACUGCAGAGGAAAUCAAAAAAGAGCUGCUGAUUCUGCUGAAAAAACUUAAAUUCCCAAAUCCGCUCCACAGGCCAGGUAGCAAAAAGGAGGAAUAUUACACACUGGAGUCGACUGUAAUCUGUGUGUGUUUUGAUUCAGGUUCCAGUUCAGACUCAACGCCAAAGAAGUAUUUUGGGGCAUCUCUUUCCUGCAGAAAACGCAACACAAAGAGAAUUAUGAUCGACGUGUCUUGUCUUAAAACAUGGGAUGAGUAUGUAUCUCAUGCAGUAAUGUCAUUUACUCCAGAAGGUGUUGCCAGAGAAUUGCCAUCUAGUAUAACAUUUCCCGAAUCAGUGGAAUGUCAGGCAUACAUUAGAGACUGGAAAAAGAAUGUUUAUAAAGAAAGACGUCCAUGUUUAAACUGUAAAAAGCUGUUCAAUUUAAAAGAUGCAGACCCAAAUAAAGUAGAUCAUCCCUACGGGAAUUGUGCUGAGACAGAGUGCUUAAGCAAACUACUUCUUAAUAACCAAUACACACGAAAGAACACACGGAUGGAAAAUCAUACAGAUUUAGAGACACUGAAAACAACAACGAAAGAACGCUUGACCAAGGAUCUCGCCGACGUUGGCAUUAACAUGAUUAUUGAGAACAUUCUAUUUUACAGUCCAAUGUAAAGAGGGCAUAAUGGAGAAUGACUGUUGUGUUUUUCUUAAGGAACAGCUUAUAUUACAUGCAUAUAAGGGAUUGCCUAAGGUAGACCUGUAUGCAUUAUGGAACACCUCCUGGUCUUUUAUACUUUUACCCAAUUGUUCAGUGCUCAAGUGAAAAAAUUGAAAAAGAUCAGCCUAAGCAAAAAAAUUUGGUAAGCCUUUAUCAAUGAAUUCUACAGACUCCUGCUCUUGGAAUGGAACCUAAUGUGGUCUUCUUCUGCUGUAAUUAAAAUACCUCAAGUUUUAGUGAGCUGUGCAUUUUGAGAUGCUUUUCUGUUUGCCAUGGUUGUAAAUAGUGAUUAUUUGAAUUACUGCAGUGUGCCUGUCACCUCAUACUACUGUACUGUACCUGUCACUGUUAACCUGGCUAGAUUACUGAAUGUUUUAUAAUUUUCUACACCAUUGUUUUUAAACUCUAGAGUCUUGUUCACUCACUCGUUCUCCAUAGCACUUAUCCUGUACAGGGUUGCAGAAGGUCUUUAGCCUAUCCCAGGGGACAUGGGUCACACAACUACACUGUAAAAAAUUAUUGUAAGGCUAUGUAAAUGAAACAAAAAAGGAUAUUUUUUUUACAAAUAAUAAUAAUA